UUCACUUGAUUCAAGAUUUAUACUUCACAAUAGUAAAACUAUAAGAAAUACAAUUAUUAAUGCAUAUGAUCGAACCAACAAACUCAUUCAAAAUAAAAUAAUCGAAACUGCUGAGUUUGUAGCACUUACUUUAGAUAUUUGGUCACACUCUUAUUUUGGAGUAACUUGUUAUUGGAUUACAUAUGAUUUCAAAUUAAUUGAAGUUGUACUUGAAGUGAUAAAUUUUUUAGGAUCAGAACUUUUUGAAAAACUUCAAUUAUCUAAAUUUAGAUUGGCUCAUGAAAAUAUCAUUAGCAUUACUGUUAACAAUGAAGAUAAUG